AUGAAGUUGCUCUGGUCACUGCCGCUGAUCGCGGUGCUGGCCAGCUGCGCGGGCGUACAGGCCCAGAACCCGGGGGUGUACCCGAUCGCGUGGGGCGGCGGCCGCGCCUCCCGGCCCCCUGGAGGAGGCGGCCAGCCUGCGCCGCUGCGGCAGGACGCCGAGGCGCUCCUGGCGCAGAACAACGCCCUGCUCACCCAGUACGCCGCGGAGCACCCCCCGAGCAGGCUACCGCCGCCCGCCCAGCCCGGGUUUCAGCUGCUGCAGCGCGGCGGCGGCGGCUACCAGGGGUCCUACGCGGCGCCUCAGCCGGCCGAGGGAGGGCAGCCUCAGGAGUUCCAGCCGCAGGCGGCGGUCAUGCGCGGGCCGCAGCAGCAGCAGCAGCAAGUGCAAGGCCGGCAGAUCAUCUGGACCAACGACGUGCCUCGGGGCGCUCAGCUCGUCGCGGCAGCCCCCGAGGGCGUCGAGCUCGCGCCGCCGCCGCAGUGGCAGCCGCCGUCGGCCGCUGAAGGCAAGUGGUACGCUGCCCAGAGCUCCGCGCCGAAGGAUGUGCAGGACCAGGAGGUCGUGUCCUUUGCGAACGCGCAGGACACCCGUGCCGAGGUGGCGGGGACGAAGCUCGAGAGCAUUCAGCCGCACUCGCCAGAAGGCGGCGCGCCGCAGCAGCCGCCGCCGCAGCGGCCGCAGCCCCAGUACCAGCAGGAGGUCGAAGGCCAGCCGCUCCAGCAACCGCAGCAGAUGCAGCAGCAGGACCAGCCGCAGCGGCAGCCCGAGCAGCAGCAGCAGCAGCAGCAGCAGCAGCAGCAGCAGCAGCAGCAGCAGCAGCAGCAGCAGCAGCAGCAACAGCAGCAACAGCAGCAACAGCAGCAGCAGCCUCAGCUGCAGCAGCAGCAGCAGCAGCAGCAGCAGCAGCCACAACUGCAGCCGCAGCAGCAAGAGCAGCAGCAAGGGCAAUCGCAGGAGCAACAGCAACCGCAGCCACAACUGCAGCCUCAGCUGCAGCAGCAGCAGCCGCAGGAGCAGGCACAGCAGCAGCCGCAGCAGCAGCCGCAGCAGCAGCCGUCGUGGUCGCCGCCGCCGCAGCAGCGGCCGCCGCAGCAGCCGCAGGCGCAGCCGUGGCAGCCGCAGCAGCGGAUGCAGCAGCAGCAGUCGCCGCAGGCGGCGGAGCCGCAGCGGCGCCCUUCGCGCGUCUCCAAGGAGUGGCAGCCGCGGCCGGCGAGCGCGCCACGGGCGGGUGCCCAGGCGCACGCGCAGCCGCUGGAGGGCGCGCACGCCCUCGUGGGCUCCGAGCCGCAGGGCCCGAUGCCCGCGGCGGUCGUGGAGCAGCUGCAGGCGUGGCUGCCGAAGGAGAUGCUGCAGUACGGCCCGUUCAUCGCCGGCAUCGAGUUUGGUUAUGGCCUGCAGCUCGCGAACACCCGCCCAUUGGCAGCAGGAGAUGCAGGCCCCUUCGUGGGGGCGCUGCAGCCCGACAGCCUGGCCGGGCAGGCCCGGCAGGUGGAGGCCGCCGCUGGCAUCCAGCAGCAG